AUGAGAUCGCAUAGAGUGUUUUAUUUCAUACUUCUAUUCAAAUUUGCGGAGCUAUCAUUUACAAAACUUUGUGAGGACUAUCAAAGCAAAUUGAAACUUGAGUUUUAUCCUUUACGUCAUUGUCAGCGUUCAAAUAAGACGAUAAUAGCAUCAACAAAUGUAAAAAAUGUAAAAUUCUGUGCUUCAUAUGCUCGAGCUCAUAGAGGACUUGCAUUUAAUUUCAGUCCAAAAAGUCGAGAGGAUAAAAACUAUUUUGAAAUUGAAGCAAAUAAAAAUGACACAAAAAAGGAUGUAGACGACAAAUCACUGGAAGUGGCACGUGAUUUUGAUAAUUGUGAAGUGCUUGCAUGUCCGGAGAAUAGAAACUUUUCCUCUAUCGUAAAUGACACUCGAUUUGAUUACUAUACGAUGUAUGCUUAUCCUCCUCCAAUUGAAAAUGCCACAUGUAUACCAUCACUUGGUUUGUUCCUCCUAUACAAAGAACGAAAGAAUUAUUCAGCAGCAUACAGCACAUGUAAAUCUGUAAAAGGUCAACUCGCUCACAUUGCAUCAGAGAGACGAACAAACGAGAUAUCAAAGCUUCUUUUAAAUUCAGACAAAUUAUCAUCAACAUCAAAGGAAAUGCUCGCCUUUGUAGGAUUAAAUGAGACGACCCGAGGCAAAUUUAUAACAUCAAACUCAGAGCCUCUUGAAUGUUUUGAUUAUCGUGCUUUUGUGCCUGGACAUCCGCCUGAAAUUCGUAAACCUUCAUGUGUUGCAUUAACCGAUAAAGCUUCUUGGAAAGUGAUUUCAUGCAUUAAAAAGGUCAUGUUUGUGUGUGAGAUUUUUGCAAAUGGUCCAAAUCCAUUGGUCAAUAAUAUCCACCAGAAAUGCUCAACAAAGCAUCCAAAUAAUCGCUAUUCAGUUAAACAAAUAAAAAAAUCAGAUUUCGAACCAUGA